CAGUUACAGGUCGUUGUAGCUGGAGCGCAGUUGUGAGGGCGGUCGUGGAUGCGGACAGAGGGUCGCACAUAUGCUCUCGCAGCGAAAGGAUCUCUGAGGAUUAUAACCGCCGCAAAAAGGACCCUUACUGCGCCUUUUGGAGAGACCGAUUCACUGUGGAUAUACUUACACGAAAGGAAUAUAAAGAGGGGAUUAGUAAAAGGCCAGAUCAUCCAUAGUCAUGGAUGGAAUGAGGACAUAUGUCCUUUUUGGGGGAAUAUUGGUGGUGCUGGUUUCAGUUACCUGUGGACUGUCGCCGCCGACCAUAGUGUCCAACCAGGAAGAGUUCGUCCUGCAGGCAAACUCCCUCUUCAACAUAAGCUGCACCGGGAAAAGAAACGUGGUUUGGGCUGAGCCUCUGCCCAAAAACACCCACGUCUAUCCAGGAUACUACACCGCGACGCUCUUCAUUGACAACGCAACCGUGGAAAACACCGGCUACUACAUGUGCACCUACCAGACCCAGGAAGGAGACGCGGACGGCGAACCGGAAGAGGACAAUGAGGCGGGAAUUUAUGUCUUCGUCCCAGAUCCCCAUGCGCCAUUUGUACCGGAGACACAAGAUAACCUGGUUGUGUCCAUGGAACAGUCUGGAGUUUCCAUCUCGUGCCGGGUAUCUCACCCCGACUCUCACGUCAUCUUGAGGAGUGUCCCCAGUGGAGAGGAGAUGCUUGCCUUCUACGACAACAAGAUGGGCUUCUUUGGAAGCCUCUCUCCUGGGAAGUACCAGUGUGAAACCACUCUGAACGAUCAGAUAUUCACAAGUGACAUUUACACUGUGAAACUUGAAGCCCCUGAGGAAGUGGAGGACUUUGACGUGGAAGUGAAAGCUAGUGAUGAGACAGUGACGGUAGGGCAGCCAUUCCUCAUCACCUGCAUCGGUCCCUCUGGCCAGGGUUUCGACCAGCAGUGGCUUCAUCCGAAAAAACAGGCUACAGAAGCAUUUCAGACGAAACAGGCUUUACCUGACCAGGCCAUCUACACCCUCAGUAUCACACAAGCCACUUCCCAGGACAGCGGCACCUAUGAAUGCUCCAUCACCAACAAAAUCAGUGGAGUGGUCAGAGUCAGCAGUGUGUCUGUGACCGUUUUUGAGGACAAUUCUUUUGUGACUCUGGACCACAGUGGGAUUCUAGCAACGGAGUUUGUCAGCAUUUUAGAGGAGACGGAGUAUACUAUCCUCAUUGAUGCAUACCCGGCCCCCAAAGUGAUGUGGCAUAAGGACGGCAAAGCCUUACCAGGGAAUUACUACAUUGCCAUCAAAACUGCCCAUCUUGAAGGGAAUCGGUAUCAAAGCGUUCUGACAUUACGACAGCCUCUGGAGAAAGACAAUGGAUAUUACAGCAUCACUGCCAGUAGUGGCUCUCACACUGCUCAGUUCUCCUUUGUCCUCAAAGUGAAAGCUACCACCGCAGCAUUGAUCCCACCAUCCUCCGCUCCUGUGCUGCUGCCAGAGAAGGAGGAGAUGGUGAUUCCCCUCCACACUCCUUUUACAUUAACGUGUCGCGGGGAGGCAAAACUGGCCUGGGAAAUGCCCCUGGAUGUGCCCGAGCAAACGCAGGAGGACCGCAGUGGUUUGUUUGUCACCACUAUCACUGUGGACAGCGCCACAGCAAUGCACACUGGCUACUACACAUGCUUUUACAGUAGAAACGCUACUGAUGAUGCAGAGGACAGCAGCAUCUACAUCUAUGUGCCAGAUCCUGAUGUUCCCUUCGUGCCAUCACCGGUGCCUUUUGGAAACCAUGUCCUGUCCGACCACGAGGAGAUGGAGAUCCAGUGUCGGGUGUCUGAUCCGAGUGCUAACGUGACCCUGAUUAAUGUUGACACCCAGAAGCCUGUGCCUAGUGUUUAUGACAGUAAAAGGGGCGCUUUGGGGGUAUUCACUGCUGGAACCUAUGUUUGUAAGGCCCUCAUAAAUGGAGAGGAACACUACAGCGGAGAAUACAUUGUCCACGGCUGGACAGGAGGCGCCGCGCUGCAUGUUGAGCUGACAGCCAAAAGAACAGCUCUGCUAGUAGGAGAAACAAUCACUGUCACCUGUCUGGCUCGAGGAUCUGAGAUUCUAGAAGACCAUUGGAAAUACCCUGGAAAACUGGCUAAUCGUGCAGUCAAAACAGUGCAUGAGAAUAAGAGGGAUCAGGAGAUUCUUUACACCCUGACAAUCCCACAAGCCUCAACCAAAGACAGCGGCAUCUACUCUUGCUCCAUCACUGAUAUUAUCAGUAAUGAGAGCCAGACGAAACAACUAGCUGUUCGAGUUUUUGCAAGUGAGUUUAUGUCCAUCCAGCCGGAGUUCCGAGAAUAUGAAUCUGCAGACCUGGAUGAAGUCCGGGAGUUCAGGGCUCAGAUCAACUCCUUCCCCAGUGCUCAUGUCACUUGGCUCAAAGACGGCAUCCCACUCAGCGAUGUGACGGCCGAGAUCUCCACCAGCCUCCGGCAGAUCAGUGAGACCAGCUACAUGAGUGUUCUCACCCUGAUCCGGGCCAAGGAGGAGGACAGUGGGAACUACACCAUCCGGGUAGAGAAUGGAAACCAAAGUCGUGACGUCAGCUUAAUGCUGGAGGUCAAAGUGCCUGCAGUCAUUGUGGACCUGAUGGACAUCCACCAUGGUUCAGCCACAGGCCAGUCUGUGGUGUGCAUUACUAGAGGGCAGCCCACUCCUGUGGUGGAGUGGUUCGUCUGCAAGAACAUCAAACAUUGUGCCAAUGACUCAUCUGCUUGGGUGCCCCUCCCCGCCAACUCCACUGAGAUCACAGUGGACUCACACAUUGAUGAAGACAGUAACCUGGAGAGCCAGGUCAUGUUUGGUCAUCUGGAAAGCACGCUGGCAGUGCGCUGCUUGGCCAGGAAUGAAAUGGCCGCCGUCAGCAGGGAGGUCAAACUGGUUUCCAAUGGGCCUCAUCCUGAGCUGACUGUAGCUGCUGCUGUGCUGGUGCUCCUGGUCAUUGUCAUCAUCUCACUCAUUGUCUUGGUUGUUAUCUGGAAACAGAAGCCACGAUAUGAGAUCCGCUGGAGGGUCAUAGAAUCUGUGAGCCCAGAUGGCCAUGAGUACAUCUAUGUGGAUCCCAUGCAGCUUCCCUAUGACUCUAGAUGGGAGUUUCCCCGUGACAGACUUGUGCUCGGUCGUAUCCUGGGCUCUGGAGCCUUUGGGAAGGUGGUAGAAGGCACCGCCUAUGGACUCAGCCGCUCUCAACCUGUCAUGAAGGUGGCAGUGAAAAUGCUGAAACCCACAGCACGCUCCAGUGAGAAGCAGGCCCUGAUGUCUGAACUGAAGAUCAUGACUCAUCUUGGACCUCAUCUCAACAUUGUCAACCUUCUGGGAGCAUGCACCAAAGCAGGCCCUAUCUACAUUAUCACUGAGUACUGCUUCUAUGGGGACCUGGUGAACUAUCUGCACAAGAACAGGGAGAACUUCCUCAGCCUGAACCCAGAGAAAAACAAAAAAGAAUUGGACAUCUUUGGAAUCAACCCUGCCGAUGAGAGCAGCAGAAGCUAUGUGAUCCUGUCCUUCGAGAGUAAAGGCGACUACAUGGAUAUGAAGCAGGCUGACAGCACUCAGUAUGUGCCCAUGCUGGAGAUGAGCAACGCCUCCAAGUACACAGACAUCCAGAGGUCUAACUACGACCACCCACCAUCGCAGAAAAGCUCAAGUGACUGCGAGAUGGACAACCUGCUGUCCGACGACAUGAAUGAAGGCCUCACCACCACCGACCUGCUCAGCUUCACCUACCAGGUGGCCAAAGGCAUGGAGUUCCUGGCUUCCAAAAAUUGUGUGCAUCGGGAUCUCGCAGCCAGGAAUGUCCUCCUCUCUCAGGGCAAGAUAGUGAAGAUAUGUGACUUUGGACUGGCCAGAGACAUCAUGCAUGACAACAACUAUGUCUCCAAAGGGAGCACUUUCCUGCCAGUGAAGUGGAUGGCACCAGAAAGUAUUUUUGACAACCUGUACACCACUCUCAGUGAUGUUUGGUCCUAUGGCAUCCUUCUCUGGGAGAUAUUCUCCUUAGGUGGCACCCCAUACCCAGGAAUGGUGGUCGACUCGAGCUUCUACAACAAGAUCAAGAGUGGAUACAGGAUGUCAAAACCAGAACAUGCACCACAUGAUGUGUAUGAGAUGAUGAUGAAGUGCUGGAACAGUGAACCAGAGAAGAGGCCUUCUUUCCUGGGUCUGAGUGAAAAUGUGGCUUCUUUGCUGCCCUCCAGCUACAAGAGGCAUUAUGAGAAGGUGAACCAUGAGUUCCUCAAGAGUGACCAUCCCGCUGUUACUCGUGUGUGCGUGGAAAAUGACGAGGACUACAUUGGCAUCACGUACAAGAACCAGAGUAAGCUGAAGGACAGGGAAAGCGGCUUCGAUGAGCAGCGACUGAGCUCCGACAGCGGCUACAUCAUUCCUCUGCCUGACUUGGACCCAAUAUCUGACGAAGAAUACGGAAAGAGGAACAGACACAGUUCUCAAACGUCCGAGGAGAGCGCCAUCGAGACGGGCUCCAGCAGCUCUACCUUCGCUAAGCGUGAGGGGGAGACUCUGGAGGACAUCACACUGCUGGACGAGAUGUGUCUGGACUGUAGUGACCUGGUGGAGGACAGCUUUCUGUGACAACUGCCCGGCCUGUAGAGCUGGAGCAGCAAAGGAAAAGGGGUACAAGGACACGGGAAACUAGAGAAAGACUUGUAAAUCAACCAAAGACUUAGCCGUCAGCCCUCUAGCCCCGCUCUUCCUCCUCUUUGCCCACCCUUCAGAGGACAGAACAAAACCACUUCACCGUCUGCAUGAGUCUGUGGUGACGUACGGUACGCCCAUCACUUCUCCCUGGACAAUGCCCCCUGUUGGGUUUGAGGAGUGGGUGAGCAUUGAUGGAAAGGUGACUCAAAGGAAGGACUCAAUGGACCACCGAGCCUGUAGAUAGAACAGAUUCUUUUGCAGGGCUUUAUUCUGUCGGGCAUUCUUUAACAGCAAUAUAAGCAAGAAGGGAUGAAGUAAACAUGUUGGUCAGCAACUCUAAAUGAACACCACAGGAUGUAUUUCGUAUGAUAUGUAUUUAACCACUACAGAUGCACUAUUUAAACGAGAUUAUUCCAAUACUAGCAACAGCAUUGGCGGGUAAACUCACUCUAAACUCACCUGCCGCAAGAGAAGCACCUGAUGCCGGCACAAUCAGUAGCAAUACUUGGAUUAAAAAGCACAAGAUUUGGACUAUGUGCAUUUUUUGUAUAUGACCAUAUAAUGUCUUCAACGGUUACGUACAUGCAGUAAUUCAAAUUUAUUUUUUUACUUCAUCGUUAUGUAAACAUGUAUUAUUUGUGAAUACCGAGUAGAUGUCGACCAUAGCUGUUUGAAUGGUUAGAAAAAAAAGCUUCUGAGUUGCAUGCAUCUUUGCAUUGUCUCACCUUUUUGCUCAAAUACAAAAGCAUUCAUUUUGUCCCCGACAAAGACUUCAGCCAUAUUUGUCAUAUGGGCUUUAUCAAGCAAAGUGUGAUUGUAAUGUAAAUAGCUCCAGAGUUGUUUUAUAAGAGAGAAUUAUUGGGAUAACAAUCAAGUAUUUUAUAGAAGCACACUGGUGAAGCCAAUGCUUUUGACAAAUCCAUCACAAGAAAGGAAAUAUUUCUUAUUUCCAACAAGAAAAUAACAGUCGACAACAUUGUCAUUGACAGAUAAAACACUGAUUGAGAAAUAUUCAUGUUUCCACACAUUUGUUGCGAGAAGUAGAAUAGCAUAGUAGAAGAAUAGAGAGGCAUGGGGAUAUAAGCGAUGAAAGAGAGAUAAUCAUGUCAGUAAACAUGCCAGUAUGGCCAAAAAAUCAGAGUUUAUUAUAUCAGUGCUUUACCAGAAGUUUGUGUCCUCUCGUCUCAUAUUUUAUCUCUUGUCCUGAAGUCUAUUAGCAGGUUCUAGUUAUACUGAGACACUAGAUGAACUAGAGAUUCAUGUCGUUCUGAUGUCAUACAUCAAUUAUCUGUAGACUGUUUCUACCCUCCGUAUCUUCCAACUGCUGUGCCACUGCCUUUGCCUCUUCCCGGUGACUGUGAUAUUAACUGCAAUCAGUUGUUGCACUUUCCUUUUUCUUCCAUUAUGUUUUGGAUGUUGCUGACAAAUUAGCCAGGCUGAGCAAACAGAGGGAAAAAAAAACAAAACAAAAAACAAGUCUUGCUUUGGCCUUGGAUGUUUAUAGCAGCGUGGAUGUGAAUGUUUGUGCUGCGGAUGAGUGACGUGUUGUUGACGGUACCCUAUCUGUAAUAAUAGGUAAUCACACCCAGUACGAUGAUUUAGUACCAUGUUUCAUUAUUUUACAUCAUGUACAUUCAGAUGAUUUAUAUUUCAAUAAAUGCUUUAUAAUGUAAAAAAAAA